GCGUGAGCGCGCUCCGCCUCACACGCGGGCGGCAGGUUCCCCUGGCCUCCCCCACACCAAUGGGAGUCUUUGGGGUAAUUGUGGGAAAUGUAGUUCCGGGCGAGCGGGCUUGGACGCGCUCGCAGACCACGAGUCCCGACAGGCCCCACCCCUUUGCGUCCCCACACGCAGAGCCUGCGCGGGGGGCGGGGCUGCGGCCGGGUAGGCGCAUCCCCAACGGCUCCCGCGGCGGUUCGAAAUCGGUGCAGUGGUGUUCCCUUGUUCCCCGCGUGGAGUGUUUGAUGCUUACACGCCCCGAGCUCGGGAGAGGGUACGAGGCUUCCGAACGCGGACUAGAGCGCGGCGCGCGCGUUGUCAGAUGAUGUUGAAAAGAUAAAGCAGUAUGGGGACCUGACCCAUUGACUUUUGUAUGGGAGAGUCUUCUCACUUAGGCAGAAGCAAAUUUGUGCAAACGAAAGGGGAAAAAAGAAACAUUUUCUCUGCUCUUACAUAGCAUCUCAUUUAAUUUCCUGACACAGUUUCUUCCAAAAAGAUUCUUUCUGGCAAGGUACAAGAAAUACACUUCUUUUUUUAAGAAAUGGAAUCUAGUUCAUCAGAGUACUGUAAUAAAGACAAUGAAGAAGAAAGUUUGCUUGCAAAUGUUGCUUCCUUAAGACAUGAACUGAAGAUAACAGAAUGGAGUUUACAGAGUUUAGGGGAAGAGUUAUCCAGUGUUAGUCCAAGUGAAAAUUCCGAUUAUGCUUCUAAUCUCUUAAGACCUGAAAAACUCAUUCUGGAAGAUCUUUCUCAGCCUAAUCAGCUUGGACUUUUGAAUCACAUACCUUAUAAAAAAGUUUGUAAAAUGCCCACUGGCAGUACUGAUUUUCCAAAAAAACCAAGAGAUAAGAUGUCUUUUUCAUCUGCCCCCAUGGACCAGGAGAUCAGAAAUCUUCGAGAGAAACUUAACAAACUCAGGCAACAGAAUGCUUGUUUGGUCUCACAGAAUCAUUCUUUAAUGACUAAAAUGGAAUCUGUCCACUUUGAAUUAACACAGUCAAGAGCAAAAGUUUCUAUGCUUGAAUCUGUUCAACAACAGGCAGCUAAUGUGCCAAUCUUAGAAGAACAGAUUAUAAAUUUAGAAGCAGAAGUUUCAGCCCAAGAUAAAGUUUUGAGGGAGGCUGAAGAUAAAUUAGAGCAGAGCCAGAAAAUGGUGAUUGAAAAGGAGCAGAGUUUGCAGAAGUCCCAAGAAGAAUGUAUAAAGUUAAAGGUGGACUUACUUGAACAAAGUAAACAAGGAAAGAGAGCUGAACGACAAAGGAAUGAAGCACUAUAUAAUGCUGAAGAGUUAAGUAAAGCUUUCCAACAUUAUAAAGAAAAAGUGGCAGAAAAACUGGAAAAGGUUCAAGUUGAAGAAGAAAUAUUAGAGAAAAAUCUAAUUAGCUGUGAAAAAGAAAAUAAAAGGCUACAGGAAAAGUGUGGUCUAUAUAAAAGUGACCUUGAAAUUCUAAAAGAGAAAUUAAGGCAGUUAAAAGAAGAAAAUAACAAUGGAAAAGAAAAAUUAAGGCUCAUGGCAGUGAAAAAUUCAGAAGUUAUGGCACAACUGACUGAGUCUAGGCAAAGUAUUCUGAAGCUAGAGAGUGAAUUAGAGGACAAAGAAGAAGUACUUAGAGAAAAAUUUUCUCUAAUGAAUGAAAACCGAGAAUUAAAGGUCCGUGUUGUAGCACAGAAUGAGCGACUGGAUUUGUGUCAACAAGAAAUAGAAAGUUCAAGGGUGGAACUGAGAAGUUUGGAAAAAGUUAUGUCCCAGUUGCCAUUAAAAAGAGAGAUGUUUGGUUUUAAGUCAUCUCUUUCUAAACACCAGAUGAGUAGUUUCUCAAACAAGGAAGACAGUUACAUUGGCUGCUGUGAGGCAAAUAAAAUGGUGAUUUCAGAAUUGAGGAUUAAGCUUGCAAUAAAGGAGGCAGAAAUUCAAAAGCUUCAGGCAAACCUGGCUGCAAAUCAGUUAUCUAAGAGUCUUAUUGCUUGUAAUGACAAACAAGAAAGUGGCAAAUUAAAUAGUUUAGAGACAGAACCGGUAAAACUAGGAGGUAGUCAAUUAGAAAGAAUAAAAGACCAAAAUCAAUAUACUGUGAAUAAGCAGUAUGAAAGAGAAAGACAAAGACUUGCUUCUGGAAUAGAAGAACUACGUGCUAAGUUGACGCAAAUAGAAGCUGAGAAUUCUGAUUUGAAGGUUAACAUGGCCCACAGAACUAGUCAGUUUCAGCUGAUACAAGAGGAGCUGCUGGAGAAAGCUUCAAACUCUAGCAAACUGGAAAGUGAAAUGACAAAGAAAUGUUCUCAACUUUUAACUCUCGAGAAACAGCUGGAAGAAAAAAUAGUUGCUUAUUCCUCUAUUGCUGCAAAAAAUGCAGAAUUAGAACAGGAACUUAUGGAAAGGAAUGAAAAGAUAAGAAGUCUAGAAACCAAUAUCAAUACAGAACAUGAGAAAAUUUGUUUAGCUUUUGAAAAGGCCAAGAAAAUUCAUCUUGAACAGCAUAAAGAAAUGGAAAAGCAGAUUGAAAGACUUGAAUCUCAACUAGAGAAAAAAGACCAACAGUUUAAAGAACAAGAAAAGACUAUGUCCAUUUUGCAGCAAGAUAUAAUAUGUAAACAACAUCAUCUGGAAUCGCUAGACAGACUCCUGACGGAAAGCAAAGGGGAGAUGGAAAAGGAAAACAUGAAGAAAGAUGAAGCUUUGCGAACAUUACAGAACCAAGUAUCUGAAGAAACAAUCAAGGUCAGACAACUAGAUUCAGCACUGGAAAUUUGUAAGGAAGAACUUGCCUUGCAUUUGAAUCAAUUAGAAGGAAAUAAGGAAAAGUUUGAAAAACAGCUGAAGAAGAAAUCUGAAGAGGUAUACUGUUUACAGAAAGAACUAAAGAUAAAAAAUCACAGUCUUCAAGAGACUGCUGAGCAGAAUGUUAUUCUACAGCACACUCUUCAGCAACAGCAGCAAAUGUUACAACAAGAGACAAUUAGAAACGAAGAGCUAGAAGACAUUCAAACUAAACUUGAAAAACAGGUGUCAAAACUGGAACAAGAACUUCAAAAACAAAGGGAAAGUUCAGCUGAAAAGUUGAGAAAAAUGGAGGAGAAAUGUGAAGCAGCUUCGCAUGAAGCCGAUUUAAAAAGGCAAAAAGUUAUUGAGCUUACUGGUACUGCCAGGCAAGUAAAACUUGAGAUGGAUCAGUAUAAAGAAGAACUCUCUAAAAUGGAAAAAGAAAUAAUGUACCUAAAACGAGAUGGAGAAAAUAAAGCAAUGCAUCUCUCUCAGUUAGAUAUGAUCUUAGAACAGACAAAGACAGAACUAGAUAAGAAGACAAAUUCUGUGAAGGAAUUAGAAAAAUUACAGCAUAACACUGAAACUGAACUAACAGAAGCUUUGCAGAAACGGGAAGCAUUAGAGUCUGAACUCCAAAAUGCUCAUGGAGAAUUAAAAAGUACUUUAAGACAACUUCAGGAAUUGAAAGAUGUACUACAGAAGGCUCAAUUAUCAUUAGAGGAAAAAUAUACUACUAUAAAGGAUCUCACAGCUGAACUUAGAGAAUGCAAGAUGGAGAAUGAAGAUAAAAAGCAAGAACUCCUUGAAAUGGAUCAGGCACUUAAGGAGAGAAAUUGGGAACUAAAGCAAAGAGCAGCCCAAGUUACACAUUUGGAUAUGACUAUUCGUGAACACAGGGGAGAAAUGGAACAGAAAAUAAUUAAAUUAGAAGGUACUCUGCAGAAAUCAGAAUUGGAACUUAAAGAAUGCAACAAACAGAUAGAAAGUUUGAAUGAAAAAUUACAAAAUUCCAAAGAACAGCUUCGAGAAAAAGAGUUUAUAAUGCUACAAAAUGAACAGGAGAUAAGUCAACUGAAAAAAGAAAAUGAACGAACACAACAAAAGAUGAAAGAAAUGGAAAGUGUUAUGAAAGAACAGGAACAGUACAUUGCAACUCAGUAUAAGGAGGCCAUAGAUAUGGAGCAAGAAUUGAGGCUAACUCGGGAGCAGAUGCAGAACUCCCAUGCAGAAUUGUUGGAGGCUCAUCGUCAACAAGUCCAAGCACAGAGAGAGGUAGAAAGGCUCUCAAGUGAACUGGAGGAAAUAAAGCAACUCUCUAAAGAAAAAGAAGCUCAUGGACACCAUUUAGCUGAAGAACUGGGGGCUUCUCAAGUACGUGAAGCUCAUUUAGAAGCAAGAAUGCAAGCAGAAAUCAAGAAAUUGUCAGCAGAAGUAGAAUCUCUCAAAGAAGCUUAUCAUCUGGAGAUGAUGUCACAUCAAGAGAACCAUGCAAAGUGGAAGAUAUCUGCUGACUCUCAAAAGACUUCUGUUCAGCAACUAAAUGAACAGUUAGAGAAGGCAAAACUGGAAUUAGAAGAAGCACAGGACACUGUAAGCAAUUUGCAUCAACAAGUCCAAGAUAGGAAUGAAGUAAUUGAAGCUACAAAUGAAGCAUUACUUAUUAAAGAAUCAGAAUUAACCAGAUUACAAGCCAAAAUUUCUGGACGUGAAAGGGCAGAAGACCUCAAGUUUCUACCAGCCCUGCUUACAUCUGCAGCAGAAAUUAUGCCGGACAUUCAAGAUCCAAAACUUGCUAAACAUUCUCACACAGCUUUUAUCAAGUAUAGAAAGCUACGUCGCUCUAUUAGUGCCAGCGACCUUAGUUUCAAGACACGUAGUGAUGAAGAUCUUUCUGAAGAAUUACUACAGGACUUAAAAAAAAUGCAGUUCGAACAGCCUGCAACAUUAGAAGAAAGCCAGAAGGAUCUGACUUAUACCCAGUCAGACUCAUUUAAACCUCUCACGUAUGACCCAGAAGAUGAUAGUUCUGAGAGUAAUGACUUCAGUACUCUCAGUGGAAUGCUAAGAUACAUAAACAAGGAAGUGAGAUUAUUAAAAAAAUCUUCUAUGCAAACAGGUGCUGGUUUACCUCAGGUAUGUAAUGUCAUACACUCGAAGUUAUAAUAAUUUGUCUCCAGUGAAUAUCAUUUUGUUAUUUGUAGGAAAAUCCAUAUAUUUCAAUGAAGCAUGCUAUUAAGUGAUAUACAAAUAUUGAAAGUUCAAAAAAAUCCAUUGUAAGUAGGUUUGAAAAUUUAGCCUUGACUCUGCUCAGCGGGGAGCCUGCUUCCCCCUCUCUCUCUGCCUGCCUCUC